CCCGUCGGUGCCCGACGCUGAUCCCCGGCGGCGGCGGCGGCUCCGCUGGUCCCCGCUCGUCCCGGCGGCCGGACGCGCCCGCCCUGCUGCGCUCUCGGGCGGCGGCCCCGGGGGAGGCCGGCAUGGCGGAGAGCCCGGGGCAGCCUGGCGCCCCGCCGCCGGAGGGGAGCGACGUCCCGCGCGAAGGAGGCGAUGAGGAAGGGGCGGCGGCGGGGGACCCGCAGCCCGGGGUGUCCCCCGAGGGAUCGGCGGAGCCCCCGGACGGGUCUCCCGCCGGGGAGGCGCCGCGACUGAGCGGGGAGGGGGCGGCUGGGCAGGAGCCGGCCGAGGCGGCGGUGGCCCCCGAGGGCAGCGGCGGGACGGGGAACGGCUCCCCCGAGGGGGCGGCGGAGACCCCGGGUGGGCCGGGCGCGGGGCGGCAGGCUCCGGCGGGGUCUGAGCAGCGAGACCCCGACGGGAGCGGCCCGCGGGGCGAGGGUCUGCCAGGAGGGGAGCCGGUGGCGGCGGCCGCAGUGGUAGACGCGCCCGAGGGCUCCGCGCCGGCGAGGGCGGACCCCGAGGACGCGGCGGUGGCCCCGGCGGGGACGGAGCCCGAGGAGGCAGCCCCGGCGGGGACGGAGCCCGAGGACGCGGCCAUGGCCCCUACGGGGACGGAGCCCGAAGAGGCGGAGGCGGCCCUGGCGGUGCCAGACUGUGAGGAGGCGGUGAGGGAGGCAGCCCCGACGGAGACAGACCCCGAGGAAGUGGUGGCGACAGCCCAGGCCGGGACAGACCCCGAAGAGGCAGCGGGGACAGACCCAGCGGGGACAGACCCCGAGGAGGCGGUGAGGGAGGAAGCCCCGUCGGAGCCAGACCACGAGGAGGUGGUGAGGGAGGAAGCCCCGUCGGGGCCAGACCCUGAAGAGGCUGCGAGGGAGGAAGCCCCUGUGAGGGAGGAAGCCCCAUCGGGGCCAGACCCCAAAGAGGCUGUGAGGGAGGAAGCCCCUGUGAGGGAGGAAGCCCUGUCGGGGCCAGACCCCAAAGAGGCUGCGAGGGAGGAAGCCCCUGUGAGGGAGGAAGCCCUGUCGGGGCCAGACCCCAAAGAGGCUGUGAGGGAGGAAGCCCCUGUGAGGGAGGAAGCCCCGUCGGGGCCAGACCCCGAGGAGGCGGAGAGGGAGGAAGCCCUGUCGGGGCCCGACCCCGAAGAGUCGGUGAGGGAGGAAGCCCCUGUGAGGGAGGAAGCCCCUGUGAGGGAGGAAGCCCCAUCGGGGCCAGACCUCGAGGAUGCGGUGCAGGAGGCAGCCACGGCAGCAACAGUCCCCGAGGAGGCGGCAGCGGCACCGGCGGGGGUCGAGGUGGCUCCCGAGAGCCGCGGGGAAGCGGAGGUGGCGUUGCCGGCCGGAGAGGAGGCUGACGGCGGAUGCCGGUCGCCGGGCGGCCCCGACGGCGAGGACGGGGCAGAGAGGCCGGGGGCGGAGCGGGGAGCCGGUGCCCCGGCGGUGGCAGGAGCGGGGCCCGCGGCCCCGGAGGCAGGGGAAGGCGGCGCGGUGGCAGCGGGACAGCGCGGCGGGUCCCCGGGCCCCGAGGGCAGCGAGUGGGAUGCGGCCGGUCCGAGCCUGAACGGCGUGCGGGGCCGGGCCGAGGACGAGGAGGACGAGACGGGCUUGCCGGCCGCCCUGGAGGAGGAAGAGGAGGAUGAGGAGAAGCAGGAACACGACAUCUCCCUCUUCGUCAAGGCUGGCAGUGAUGGGGAAAGUAUUGGAAAUUGCCCAUUCUCUCAGCGUCUCUUUAUGAUUCUGUGGCUAAAAGGUGUCAUAUUUAAUGUCACAACCGUGGAUUUGAAAAGAAAGCCUGCUGACCUGCAGAACCUCGCCCCGGGAACAAACCCCCCCUUCAUGACAUUUGAUGGUGAAGUGAAAACCGAUGUCAAUAAGAUCGAGGAGUUCUUGGAAGAAAAGCUAGCUCCGCCUCGGUAUCCCAAACUUGCACCAAACCACCCCGAGUCUAACUCUGCAGGAAAUGAUGUCUUUGCAAAAUUUUCUGCGUUCAUAAAGAACCCGAGAAAAGAUGCUAACGAAAAUUUGGAAAAAUCUUUGCUUAAAGCCCUGAGGAAGCUGGACAGCUAUUUAAAUAGCCCCUUGCCUGAUGAAAUUGAUGCUUACAGCACUGAGGAGAUCACUGUUUCCAGCCGGAAAUUCCUGGAUGGAGAUGAGCUCACCUUAGCGGAUUGCAACCUCCUACCAAAGCUCCAUAUAAUCAAGGUUGUUGCAAAAAAAUAUAGAAAUUUUGAUUUUCCACCUGAAAUGACAGGGAUUUCAAGAUACUUGAACAAUGCAUAUGCAAGAGAUGAAUUUACAAACACUUGUCCCGCUGAUCAAGAAAUUGAGUAUGCGUAUUUGGAUGUUGCAAAGAGAAUGAAGUAAACAGAAGAUGCCUCCAUUCUUUAUUGCUUCUGCGAUUUAGACGGGCAUGAGCCAAGAUGGAAAAAACAAAAGCCAGCAUACAUUCUGCAGUAUAAUUUUAAGUUCUGCUAUUGGCCAAUCCUUCUUUUAUAAUGAUUGUAUGGCAUUAUUUGCUCAUUCUUAAAUUAUGUAUGUAUAUGUUUGUGUGUCUGUACAGAUGUCUGCACACAUGAAUGUCUGUUGUGCAUCCCAAGUUAAAGGCAUCAGUCAAUAUUAAAGCAUUUCUUGAAGUUAGGGAAACAGUGUAGGUCACACAAUUAUAGCAAUACUACAGACUAGUGACUUACGUUAAACUGCUGAAUUUGGAGACGAAAUAGCCCUGUUUCUAACACACAUUUAACCUGUCAUUAUUGCUGCCUCUGAUUUCUGUUUCACAGUUGUUGCCAAACUUCACAGUUACUGGGAGGGUGUCUGUUUGCUUCUCUGCAAGCCUCGGAGGGCCACAAGUCAGCAGCUGGUGCCCAUGCAGCACCCUGGUUAACCCAGGAGAGAGGCCAGCCUGUUGGUGGGACCACAUCUGACGUCCCAGAAGCCCUCUCCUCUGUGCUAGACACCUGCAAGGCAGGUCAACGAAGAACAACUCCUCUUCAUUUUGCGUGAGUCUCCUUUGGUAUUAAAAAUAAAUAAAUAAUUUAAAAAAUUCCUGCCUUCUCCUCUCUCAGGGCUGCAGAACCCAUUGAACUUCCCUCCUGGUGCUCCCAAAGAGAGGAAUGCAGACUGUCACUGGCCUAUGGACUAUCUGAUAACAGAUAUUUGACAAAGGAGGAGGGAGAGAAAUUGGUGAACAUCUGUCCCCAGCAAGUGAUGUAGGAUUUCUUUGUCAUCCUUCCAUGACUCUCAUUUGGUUUUGGAAAGCAAAGAGGAGGAGAGGGUCUAAGAAAGAAACAGUCCUUCUGUACUUCCUUUUCCUGGUUCAGCUCCAGCAUACUGGCUUUCCCAGGGCAGCUGUUAGGACUUCAUUGCUGAGAGGUUUACAGCUGAUCAGGCAGGUAUCUAUCAGGAAUGAGGUAGACCUACCUCCUGCCUUAGGCGGGGGAUGGAUUAGAUGAGCCCCUCCAGCCUCGCAUGAGUCUGUGUUCAAGGCAGUCAGUACUAGUGAGAAACACCCUUUAGCCUGACAUCAGGGAGCACACUAUUAGAGAUCUAUGGACUACGAAAAGUGACGUCCACAGCUGCUUUCUGCUGAGCAGGCCCUCAGCAAGCCCAUAGGAGUAGAGGGUGAGAUGCUUUAGUCAUAGGGUUACCUGGAAGUUUCCUUCUGAUGGAUUUUGCCUGUGUGUACAAAAUAGCUAUAUCCACAAAAAGACUCUUACAGACUAGUCAUUCAUCCUUGCCCAUGUCAAACAUACACUUGAAUUCUAACAAAGCAUUACUUAACAGUAAUAGUCAGUGUCAGACAUAUUGUGUCUGUGGUGUCUUCAUCUUACACACUACACAGUUCUGAUGCAAACGUGCUAUCAUCACAAUUAUUUGCAAGCAGUGUUAAAUGUGCAGUUUUAGUUUGCCUUUAGAGAAAACAGACACAAUAACUUUCCCCUCCCAGCCUCAACUGUGAACUCUCAUACCCGGGUUGAUAGCUGAGCAGUCACUCAUCACGUAUUACUAACUGUUACUUUGUAUUUUCAAAUACAUACAUAUAUAUAUAUAUAUAUAAAAAUAUAUAUAAAAAAUGAAAUCUGUAUACUCUUUUCAUAUGCCUU